AAAAAAAAAUCUUUGGCGUGGCGCGCGACCUGGAGGCCCGGCUUGUCCCGGACAAAUAUGCGAUAAGACUUCGGAUUUUGCGAAUCAUCACACCUCCAACCAGCAGCACAAUCGACCUCAGAAUCGAGCCCCUAAACUACUCCAUCUCGAAACACAUAUACUCAGUACCUAAAAUGGGUUGGUUCUGGGCCGACAGUUCCCCAGUUGUCGUGCACACAUCGAGCGGCCAUCCUCCCGUCGCCACCAACCAAGCGCCUCCGAGUGGAUGUCCAAUGCACAAGAAAUCCCUCGAUGCGCUGAAUCCAAACGAAACGAGGGCCGCCGAAAGCAACUCGGCAUCGAGCUGCCCCGUGCCUCACGCGUCGCGUGGCGCGGAAGAACAGCCCAAAUCGAUUCUUUCGCAGCUCAACCCCCUCAACUACAUGUUCCCCGACCUCUCUCAGAAACCCGCCCCUAACCAAGCCAUUGCGCUACCGACGAGUCGCGAGGAGUCCACGAUACCAAAGGGCUCAGGCGACGGCACAUGGGAGUACCCUUCUCCACAGCAAAUGUACAAUGCCCUGCUUCGCAAAGGCUACACCGAUACAGAUGUUACCGCUGUAGAAUCUAUGGUGUCAGUACACAAUUUCCUGAACGAAGGUGCGUGGGCGGAGAUUGUCGGAUGGGAGCAGCGCUUCGCGCGAGGACUAUACAAGGGGUGGCAAAUAUGCAGAAGGGGAGAGGCCCAUACGCCAGAAGAGUUGGAGCGGCACUGGGACGGGACCGAGAGCCCUCCAACCCUUGUUCGAUUCCAAGGGCGCCCGAAGGAUUUGACGCCCAAGGCCACCAUGCUUCAAGUCUUGGGCUGGAUCUACCCAGCCAAGUUUGGAACCGAACUCCCCUUCGACAGACACGACUGGUACGUUUCCCGUGACGUAAAUGGUCAGAGACGAGAGAUCCGUUACGUUAUCGACUACUACUCCGGGGAGCCCGAGCCGACGGGUGAGCCGGUCUUCUACCUUGACGUACGUCCGGCUGCGACGCCUCUGGGUUCCGCGGAGCGCAUCAUUAGAUGGGGAAGCGAUGUGUGGUGGAAGGCCAUUGGAGGCGACAAGCGGGAGCAAGACCCGCAGCCCUUCUUCCGCCACACUUCCUCGAAGCCGUGGGGUUGAGCUACACGGCCAUGAUUCUGUUCUUUUACAAAUACCCCCCUCUAGCAUAUUCUGGGUGGCCUGUACUUUUAUCUUUACGAUCCCGACGUAACUGUACAGAAAGCGACAUAAUAAUAUAACGGCCAUUGGGUCCAUCGCACGGCCUGGCAAGAGACUUGGCUCUUAUCAACCUCGAUACCCUACAAACUUUUAUAGCGAUUGAACGUAUUGCCCUUCAGUCGUAUAUGUCAAUGACCACUCUUGGACCUGG